AAUCUCGUGUUUGGCACGUAAAAACGCGAUAGCCAGCCCCGAGACUGCUGGAUCUUUCUAGAUGCAGACCUGGGGGUGGAGCUAGAGUCUCACACACGGAGACUGUGUAGUGUAGAUUGUAGAGUAUCUGUCAACAAUAGAUUAAAUUUCAAAAAUGAGCGAUAACGACAAAGGCCGGGUUAAGGUUGGACGAAGAAAAUACGGAAGAAGUCCACUUUAUUUUCAAUAAUAUGAAGCUCAGAUGUGUGAAGCUGAAUUGUUGAAUGCAUGCUAAAACAUGAGGAGGGAAGAAGUAUGGGCAGUGUGUGAGAGAUGGGGAAGUAAGAAGAAGUAAGACAAUUGAAGAAAGAAGAAUAAUGUCAAGUAAUGAAGUUACAGAAAUGAAGGAGUCUCGCUCUGCAUCCAGGAGCGUGAGCCCACGGGGCUCUGGGAAGUCGGGGAGCCAGUCCCCAGCUCAAUCCCCUGCCCACUCAAAAGGAGGCUCCCACUGCUCCCGCUCCAAAUCUCGCUCUCGGUCAAGGUCAAAAUCUUGGUCACAUUCCCACCGCUCACGGAGACACUACAGCCGCUCCCGCUCCCGAUCACGGUCCUAUCAUCACCGAUCUCACAGUAGGUCCUACAGCGGAGAGCGUCGGCGCAGAAGCCACAGCCAUUCACCCAUGUCCAAUCGUCGGAGGCACAUUGGCAACCGUGCUAAUCCAGAUCCGAAUUGCUGCCUGGGAGUCUUUGGCCUGAGCUUGUACACCACAGAGAGGGAUCUGAGGGACGUCUUCUCCAAAUACGGCCCCCUGGAGGAUGUUUCCAUUGUGUAUGACCAGCAAUCGAGGCGCUCCAGGGGCUUUGCUUUUGUGUAUUUCGAGAACACAGAUGAUGCCAAAGAGGCGAAGGAGCGAGCCAAUGGCAUGGAGCUGGACGGGCGUACAAUCAGGGUGGACUUCUCCAUCACAAAAAGACCUCACACCCCAACACCUGGAAUUUACAUGGGCCGGCCCACAUACGGAGGAGGCGGCCCAAGCGGUCCCCGACGCUAUUCACGUGACUACGACCGUGGUUACGACCGUGGAUACGACCGUGGAUAUGACCGAGGUGGAUACGACCGCUAUGAUGACAGGGACUACUACAGAUCAUACAGAAGGCGAUCUCCUUCACCUUACUACAGAGGCGCUUACAGGUCUCGAUCGAGGUCACGGUCUUAUUCUCCCCGUCGAUAUUGAAGACUUCUGUCCCCUUAUCUUCCCAAACAUGCAGAAUUUUUUUGUUUGGCUUUUUUUGUGGGGGGUUGUUACGUUUUGUAAAGACAGAUAUGAUUGACUUCAGAGUACAUCUUUCUUACUGUAAUCAUCAAACAUCUUUUUGCUUAAAAUACAAAAGUAUAGUAAAUUUAUGAAGCGGUGCUUUCAUGUUUUGAACGCCUGUUGUAAAUGUUAUACUCAUGUCAGAUUUUUGUUGUAUAGUGGAGCAGAUUAAAAAGCAGAUCUGUUUUUCCCA